GAAAAAUCAGCAUGGCCGGCGGAAGUGUGUGACACAGUUCUGCGGUGACUGAUGGGAGCAACAGAUCGGAAAAUGUUUAGCAGAGUGCCUCUUUUAAAGUGUCUAAAAAUGACUAAUUCGGGAAGAGUCUUAGCGAUAGUUUUCCUCCUGAUUCAUCAAAUCCUUUUAGUAACGUGUCAACAAACGAGCAGUGGAGACAGCAAGCGGAAGGCGAGUGAAUACUUUUGCGUGGCCCAGUGCAUGGGACUCCUGGGCUCGGACAAGCCUGGACAAGUUUGUUACGAUGAAAGCGCGAGGAUGGUCUGGACAAACUUCAAAGCGUACGAAAACCAGGCGUUCGAUAGAAUACCAGAAUGCUGCAAAGAUAUUCCGGCUGAGUUACUACAACUGCCACCUGGGGACGACGAGUGCGCUAAGAUAGCAAAUUCAGUUGGAUCUAAUGCGAUGAAAAUGUUUAUGAGCACUUAUGUACUGACGGGGCCACUCAACGUAGCUGGAAGGCUCGAUUUCGCUUCCUCGGAUAUGUCAACGAAGCAUGGUGCAAAAUUGGCGUACAUGGACUGCUUGUUUAACAAAAGAAAACUCAUGAUAAACGGGAUGGUGGAUUAUCAAGCUGCGAAAAGAGAUUUUGAAAUGAAUGUAACGAACACAACUUGGAGAAAUGUCGUGUCGAACGCCUACACGUCGUGCCAGUAUUUGCUAGCCGGGAAUUCAAAUAUUCCAAAAACCAUCCGCGUGAAAAUUGACAGCGUGACCAAAGAGUGGAGAACAACGCCAGGCCUGCUGUACCAAUGUAUUAAAAGGGAGACGAUUGAGAACUGUCAAUUCAAAAUACCAGGAGCACCAACAGUUUGCAGUGACAUUGACAGGAAUAUAGCAAUUUGUAAUCCAUUUAAGUAGUUAUAGGACGGGUGAAAUAAAAAAAAAUUGCUUGCAAUUUAAUGGUUAAAUAAUUGCUGUCCUAAAUAAUAAUAAAAAAAA